AUUUUUAUUUAGGGGGGAGAGGAGGGGGUGCUGUUAUUUAGCCUACGCGCCGAUCCGCUGACGAAAUGGCAGCAGAAACACGCAGCAGCAGCAGCAGCAGCAGCAGCAUCACGCGUCUCCCGACUCGUCCGCCCGCAUCAGCACCACUACCGUAACCAUCCGCGCAGUGGCGCAACCUCGUUUAUCCGCGCCCUCCCUCGUGCGGCGGUAAAUCGCGGCGCGCACAGACUUUGCCAGGUCCGUGGAAGAGUUUCUCUUUUAAAUCAUCUGUUACUUGCUCGCUGCGCAUUUUGCUGCCCAACACAAGGAGGGGUUUUGUUUUGGGUUUUUUUUUGGAGACCAGAUAAUAAAACCGUGGGCUCGGACCCCUCUGAAGCCCCCCCCCUCGCCCGCCCGCCCGCCCGCCCACGCACUAUCAUAAUGAGACGGAGACGUCUCCAGCCGGUGUGAGAAAGGUGGGGCGGCUGCCUGCGAUACUUUUUUUGUUUUUUUUUCCUCUCCCCCCCAUGACUUGCCGCUUUCAGCCAUGCAGCAGGAGCACUUGUUCAAAGUUUUGGUGGUCGGGGAUUUAGGAGUCGGCAAGACGUCCAUCAUCAAGCGGUACGUCCACCAGAUCUUCUCCCAGCACUACCGCGCCACCAUCGGCGUCGACUUCGCCCUGAAGGUGCUGCACUGGGACGCCGACACCGUGGUCCGCCUGCAGCUGUGGGACAUAGCCGGGCAGGAGCGGUAUGGGAACAUGACCCGUGUGUAUUACCGGGAGGCAGUCGGAGCGCUGGUGGUGUUUGACGUGACGAGGGCGUCCACCUUCGACGCCGUGCUGAAAUGGAAGGAUGACCUGGACACCAAGUUAACUCUAAACCAUGGGAAACCAGUCCCAGCCGUACUGUUGGCCAACAAGUCAGACCAGAUGGCAGUCCAGCAGUCCAAACUUGACUCCUUCUGCAAGGAGAAUGGUUUCGCUGGCUGGUUUGAAACCUCAGCCAAGGAGAACUCAAACAUCGAGGAGGCAGCCCGGUGUUUGGUAGAGCACAUCCUGGCCAAUGAGGAGAGUACAGUGAUGGACAGGGAUGCUGGUUCCUUGAUGCUAUCAGCAUACACCAAAAAAAGCAAGGAUCGCCUCAAAUGUACUUCCUGUGCCAAUUCCUGACUUCCGCCCAGUCACAGACAACUCUGAAGAAACACACACACAGCUCCUGUGCAGAUACCUCAGGGUUAAGAUAGCUUUUAAACUUCCUCCAUCCCCAAUUUUAGCCCCAACUAUCAGUGAAAAAAAAAAGAAAACCCUGAGACACUAGGACAGGUUGGCUUCAGUGCAACCCAAAUUCAAGUAUGCAACCAUCUACUUUUUGCUUUCUUGCAACAUGUCUCAGGUUCUCCUGGCCCAUUUGCUUUGAAGGGGAUGGACAAAGUAAAUAAAAAUAAGGAUUUUGGAGAAUCUGAACGAAGGCGAUCUCUUUUGCAGUUGUUGUUGUUGGGUUCGUCUGUACUCUCUUGGGUUCCCCCAAUCUUUGAUGCAUGCCGUACUGCCUGUGAACCCAUACUGAUAUGCCUUUAACUGCAUUUUUUUAUUAUUAUUAUUUUAGUGUUUGUCAUCCUAGACAGCUUUUUGUGUUGUUUUAAGUCUGAAUCAUUCAUUGCCUGGGUCCAGAAUCCGCCCACUCCACCGGGUUGACUGAUUCAUCUGGCAUCAUGGCAUCACGGCAUGAAACAGCGGUUUCUCAGUUUAAAAAGCGAUUAUCCAAUGAGCGCCGCGGGGGACUAAAGAUUAGCCAAUCGGCGCCAUGGGCGGGACUAACGCCGUUGUCUAUGUGUUGGCAAGCGUUAGACGCCAUGUCUUCUCAAUAUGGCCCAAAAUCAUAGUUGGUUUUUAGUUCACUCCGCUCCACCCUUAAAACCAGCGUGUUGGCGUGGCUACACAUCAGUGUUGACGAGUCUGUCUGAUAUCAGGCAAAAUCAUUCAAGUCGUGAUAACAAGAAUACGGAUAAGCUAACGGUGCUAAUGGGAACUCUGGACCCCCUGACAAGACGUGAUGCUGGACUACCCCAACUGUGAUGCAUCUUAUUCAGUACACAACACCUGUUUAAAGGGCCCCUCAUUGCUCCCUCCCAUUUCCCCCAUAGCAUCUCGCUGAGAGAACCUCACAUCGACUGGUAUCUAUCCUGCUGUCCCCGGUAAGGCACUAAACUACCCGUCCCGGAAGGGAAGCUGAACGUAAUUUUUCUUAUGGCUCGUCACAUGUAUUUUAUUGUAUUUUAUUUUAUUUGAUUUCGACAUUUGCCUUACAUGAACUCAAUGGCGUUGAACUCGUGCAUGAUUCAUUUACUGAUAAUAGCGCUAACGUCUGGGUAGCGUAGCAGUCUAUUCCGUUGCCUACCAACACGGGGAUCGCCGGGUCGAAUCCCCGCGUUACCUCCAGCUUGGUCGGGCGCAGCGACCGGGACAGCUCGGAAGAGUGCGGUAAUUGGGCAAGUACAAUUGGGAAGAAAAGGGGGGGGGUAAUCAUAAUGGGUUUAGGUCAUAUAUUAGAGAUAUACCAGCACACAGGAGCAGAAUCAGUUAAAGAAUAAGCUGGCCAGCAUAAUCAAUUACAUUAGUUAGUAACCAAUCAUUUUUACACAAAGGCUCCGCCCACCUGUCACCUCAACAAAUUACCGAUUUGUAUGUUUGAAUGUAUGAGGUAGACACCAGAAACAACUAACAAACCAAAACACAUGAGGCAGGAGGAAGAAACACCCUGCAGCACCCGUCCAGGGCGUCGCCUUGACCUAUCUUUAUCUUUUAUUGCACGUGUACAUUACCUGAUCUCUGUUCGUCCAAUAAAAAGA